AUGUCCGCAAACGACUAUUACAACCAAGGUGGUCAACAAGGUGGUUACUAUCCCCCACCUCCACCACAAGCAUACGGCGGACAAGGAUACGCUCCUCAACAACAGCCAUACGGAGGCGGUGGAUAUGCACCACAACAACCAAUGUAUGUCCAACCACCUCAACAAGAAAAGAAGAGUGGUGGUGCAGGUAGCAGUGCCUGUUGCGGUUGUUGCGCAUGUUUGGCUGGUAUGUGUGCAUGUUGUCUUUGCGAAGAUAUCCUCUGCCUUGAAGCUCUCUGUUAA